AGUAUCCGAGCUUCAAGAAGAAGGCAUCAAUGCCAUCAACCUGCCUCUUAAUCCGAUCCCAUUUGAGCUGGACCCAGAGGACACCAUGCUUGAGGAGAAUGAGGUGAGGACCAUGAUUGACCCGUACUCCCGGAGUGACCCCAGAUUACAGGAACUCAUGAAGGUCUUAGUUGACUGGAUUAAUGACGUUUUGGUUGGGGAGAGAAUCAUCGUAAAGGACCUUGCUGAGGAUCUGUACGACGGGCAGGUUCUCCAGAAACUUUUUGAGAAGCUGGAAGGGGAAAAGCUGAAUGUAGCAGAAGUGACACAAUCUGAAAUUGCUCAAAAGCAAAAACUGCAGACCGUGCUGGAGAAGAUCAACGAAACCCUGAAACUACCGCCAAGGAACAUCAAGUGGAAUGUGGACUCUGUCCAUGCCAAGUCGGUGGUGGCCAUUCUUCACCUGCUAGUUGCUUUGUCCCAGUACUUCCGUGCUCCAAUUCGGCUUCCAGAUCACGUCUCCAUACAAGUUGUGGUUGUACAGAAGCUGGAUGGAAUGUUGCAGUCGCGCCAGAUUCAGGAGGAAAUCACUGGUGACACAGAGGCCUUAUCAGGCAGACAUGAAAGAGAUGCCUUCGAUACGCUCUUUGACCACGCACCGGAUAAACUGAAUGUCGUGAAGAAGACUUUGAUCACAUUUGUUAACAAACACCUAAAUAAGCUGAACCUGGAAGUGACGGAGCUGGAGACACAGUUUGCAGAUGGCGUGUAUCUCGUCCUGUUGAUGGGUCUUCUGGAAAAAAUAAAAACUUUGUUCCUCUCUACAAUUUUCUUUCUGACUCCGGACAGCUUUGAGCAGAAGGUCCUCAAUGUAUCAUUUUCCUUUGAGCUCAUGCAAGAUGGCGGUCUCGAGAAACCCAAAGCCAAGGCCGGAAGACAUUGUCAACUGCGACUUGAAAUCCACUCUGCGAGUCCUGUACAAUCUCUUCACCAAGUAUCGAAGCCUGGAGUAAAAAGCACUCAACCUCCGGAAAUCACAACUAAAAGAUAA